AUGGUUAAAGCAAAUCCGUUUCUGAUUGGCAGGUUUCUGGAUCCGCUGUUCGCCGUGGCCGUAGGCGUGAUGAGCUACUACUCUUUCGAAAAGAAGGUUGGGAGGCCUGAGGGCCACUCAUUGAAUGAGCUGAUCGCCAAGAGAUGGAAAAGAAUGAAGGAAAGCAAAGCGUCCAACUAA